AUGAGCGGCGUGCGUGCCCACAUCGCCAGUCGGCUGCGCAGCUCCUCGCUCUCCGCAGUACCCCCACCACAGCACAGUUCCAACUACUCGCCCGACCUGGCCAAAAUCGCUGCUUCCGUUCUCUACCGGUCGCCGCUGCCUUCGCAAGAGGGAAGGCCCGUCUUCAUCCUCAACGCCGCCGCUCUCCCCGACUCGCACGAAGCCGACUACGACUCCCUGCUACCCUAUGUCCUUGCGCGCCUGCCCGAGGAAGACGAACUGCUGAAGGGAUUCGAAUACGAGGUCGUCUUCUUUGCCGGCGAUGGCGAUGGCUCAGCGACAAACAAGAAGCACCGGCCUGGCUGGGGCUGGUUUCUGCAAGCGUACCAUGUCCUGUCCAGGGCCAUGCGCAAGAGGCUCCAGCGCCUGUACAUUGUGCACGAGAAAGCUUGGGUACGGAUACUGACCGAGAUCUUCUCUACCAUUGUCAGUCCCAAGUUCAGGAGAAAGAUCUACCAUCUAUCCAACCUGACGCAGCUUGCCCGCGAAAUCCAAAUCGAGAACCUGCUUAUCCCUCCUUCGACCUAUCUUGCCGACCGUCGCGUGUGCGAACACAUCUCCGCUUUCAAUGGCAGCGGGAAACGAGCAUUUGGCGCCCGCGCCCCUUUUCCCACAGGCAGUAAUGGCAAGACACGCUUUCCACGCGUGCUGCGAGAGACGACCAGCUUCGUGCUCAUGGAGCAGAACAUCACCUCGGAAGGCCUAUUCCGCGUACCACCACACUCAAGGCUGCGCGAUGCAUUGAAGGAAGCAUACGAUAGGGGCCAAAAAUACAUCAUCUGGAAGGACAACGAGGUGACACUGCCUGUACCACCCUACCCACACGCCCAACAUCAAGACGAGAUACUAGCCGAGGUGGCCCCCACCGACGCAUACUCGGUCUUCAUGGCAGCAGCUCUGAUCAAAGCAUGGUAUGCAUCUCUGCGCCAGCCUAUCUUCCCAACCGACUCAUAUCGGGACCUGAAGCGACUCUAUGGCGACAGCCAGGAGAUUCUUGAACUCGACAAACUGACCGACCUGUUCUCGCCAACUUCGGAGUGGUCCCUGCUACCUGGCAUAUCCCGCGAGAUCCUGUGCAGGCAUCUUCUGCCUCUCAUGAGUGCCAUAGCCGCACGACAAGAAGAAAACAAGAUGACGGCCGAAAACCUCGCUGUUUGCUUUGCACCUGGAUUGCUGUGUGGACCUGAUCAGCUUGAAGACGCCAAGAUGUCCUCAAUAAUAAGAAGGAUCUUCACCCAGGCAGUCGACUUGUGGACCGAGGGGCUUAGAGAAGCAUGCGGGCAGAACGAGGAGGCUUUCUACAAUGAACUCGAGCUACCCAAAGACGAGAACGACUGGGAGGACCCUGCGGAUGCGAAGCGUGAUUCUGCAGAUAGCAAAGGCUCAUUGGAAGAUCAGAUGAGCGGUAUAACGCUACUCGACAAUGAGAAGAUGCCUACCUAUCACGAACCACAGGAAACACAAGGCGAGGCGUUACCGCCUCCUCUGCCUCCACGCUCACGCGCACCGUCGGCCAAAUCUUCUGCCGAUUCUGUUCAGCGGAAACCUGCACCGCCCCUUACAGUGCCACCUCGCUACUCUACUGUCAUAUCCGACGCGCCUGAAGACGUCGCCGAGUCACCCAUAACUUACGCUGCCACCACUGAUGGCUUCGCCCCACCCCGAAACGACGACAACCGUAUCGGCCAACCCCCUAAUGUACCACCGCGAUGGAGUGCACAAACGGAUGAGAAGAAGUCUGGUACGAGCAAUCCAGUUCCAGUCCUUCCUAUGUCAGCAUCUACUCGCGCACAAGAAGAUGCGCCAUUUCCUCACGUUUCUUCUACUACUACUGCUACUCCUCCUACUGUUGCGCCUAGACUCAACAUUCCUAAGAGGAAAACCCUGACUGCGAUGCAGAUUGACAAUGUCUCCAAGGCCGUCGUCGCACAGGAUGAAGCUCACAAACACCCCAUGGGCGGUAUGGCGCUUCCAGGUCUUACAGGUAAUUACUACAGCAACAACUCUAUUGCGAAAAGAGGUCCAUCCUCAACAUACGCAUCGAGCGAGGGCGUGAGUUCGCCUCAGUUGACCUCUCCCCAAAGCGCAGUCUCGGCACCAGCAUCAGAACCUGCCUUUCGCCGUCCAAGCAUUCCAUUCUCCGCAACAUCAUCAACAACAAGCCGUAGCCCCAGCAUCAACUCACUCGCCCGACCCGUAUACCCGGUGACGCCUCAAGUUCCCAUUAUCAACGCACCCACCAAAGCAUCCACGCUCCCCAUUCCUGCUGCUGCGCCCCGUCUGCGUACCCCGAGUCCAAGUCUCAUGCAACGCAUGCCCAGCUUCGAGAACUUCGCCAGAGACCAAUCAAAGAAAGAGGACGCAGACGCCGAGACUGGGGUUGCAAGAGGCCGAACAUUGAAGCCAAAGAAAAUGAACCUGAAAAAGCAGUCUGUCGAGGACCUGAGGCGCUUGUAUGAAGAACGUGCUGGGACUGCUAGUGUGCUUGUCCAGACUGCAAAGCAAAAGGGUGUUUGA